CGUUGCUUCCGGUGUUUGGCUCCGUUUCCUGCUUUUGGUUCUUACAGUAGACGGCGUAGGCCUUAGGUGGGUUCGUGCGCGUUCUACCUCGCUGUUUCGGUUUUUCUGGCUCUUUAGCCCGUUUCUCCCCUGUUGCAGCUGGGAGCGGACGGAGCGCGAAGCUGGGAUUUUUUACUGUCUCCUGAAGAAUUUAACACAAACAUGGAUAUCAGACCAAAUCAUACAAUUUAUAUCAACAAUAUGAAUGACAAAAUUAAAAAGGAAGAAUUGAAGAGAUCCCUAUAUGCCCUGUUUUCUCAGUUCGGUCAUGUGGUGGACAUUGUGGCUUUAAAGACCAUGAAGAUGAGGGGGCAGGCCUUUGUCAUAUUUAAGGAACUGGGCUCAUCCACGAAUGCUUUGAGACAGCUACAAGGAUUUCCAUUUUAUGGUAAACCAAUGCGAAUACAGUAUGCAAAAACAGAUUCGGAUAUAAUAUCAAAAAUGCGUGGAACUUUUGCUGACAAAGAAAAGAAAAAAGAAAAGAAAAAAGCCAAAACUGUGGAACAGACUGCAACAACCACAAACAAAAAGCCUGGCCAGGGAACUCCAAAUUCAGCUAAUACCCAAGGAAAUUCAACACCAAAUCCUCAGGUCCCUGAUUACCCUCCAAACUAUAUUUUAUUCCUUAAUAACUUACCAGAAGAGACUAAUGAGAUGAUGUUAUCCAUGCUGUUUAAUCAGUUCCCUGGCUUCAAGGAAGUACGUCUGGUACCAGGGAGGCAUGACAUUGCUUUUGUUGAAUUUGAAAAUGAUGGGCAGGCUGGAGCUGCCAGGGAUGCUUUACAGGGAUUUAAGAUCACACCGUCCCAUGCUAUGAAGAUCACCUAUGCCAAGAAAUAACAUUUGGGAUAGUCGUCUUUAAAAGACUUGGUGUUAUUUAUAGUGUUUGUUUUGAUAACAUUGGGCUGGGUCAUUUUAAUAGUUAGAGAUUAGGGGGAUUAAAAGUGAAAUUUUUGUGAUGGACUUAAAUUAUCCAGUGUUCUUUAGCCUUGGUGAACUGUGAAAUACUAAGGCCUUAAUUUUGUACAAUAAACUUUUAUUUGUAUUCUAUGUAUAUAAUGCUUGCUUUAUUCACCCAUCGCCCUAUCAUCAAAUGACUUCUAGUCUAGAACACACUUAAGGUUUAUAAAAUUGUGUAAUAGGAUGCUUUUCUAGUGUCAUUUUGGAGGAGCUAAUGAUACAACAUCAUUGAACCAUUCAAUAAAAGUUAAGUAAAAUUAGAUCACAGAAGCUAGUAGAUGACUGUUGUAUUAAUGGUAACAAUGAUUGUUCUGGGUAUUAGAAGAAAAUGAGACCCAGGCAGGAUCUAAAUUUGAUCUUUGUAUCCUUUUAAGAAAUGAAUAUAUUAUUUUGCUG